AAACAAUAAUAAAAUUGAAAAUGGCUUGAGGGAAGGGUGGAGAAGAACCGAGUUCGUUUGGUGCUGGAAAGAGCAAGACACACAAGGCAUGGCGGUUAGGCAAAGAGCAGUAUCUGCACUUCCAACCCUUUUACGCACUCUUCGGAAAGAACCGUUAAAGCCUCACAGUCAUGUCAACGCGUUACCCUCUCUUCGACGCGCUUUCUCUUUGUACGAUCAGAUCAACCUCAUCGAUCAAGUCCCCGAAGACCAGCUCCGAUUUCAAGGGUAUAAUGAUACGGGGUUUACGGUAAAUGGGGUUGAGUAUGAAGGAAGCUUACUUUGUGUUGGAAAUUUGCUCAUGUCUUGGAAACCUAAGAAGUUUUCAGAGAUCACUGCUGAUAGCUUGUCACUCUUCCAAGUUAUUCGCCCUAUUCCAGAGAUUUUGAUUCUUGGCUGUGGAAGGAACAUUCAACAUGUAGAUCCUGAACUGAGACGGUUUAUACGAUCUACUGGCAUGAAAUUAGAAGCUGUAGAUUCGAGAAAUGCAGCAUCAACUUACAACAUACUGAAUGAAGAAGGUCGAAUUGUGGCUGCUGCACUUCUUCCACAUGGAGUUUCUGCAUGAAGCCUGGACUGUUCACAUCCAUUCCAUUAAGGAUCUUAACCCAAUACUUUGAGACAUGCUUUGAUUUUCACGUUUAGAAAGUUUUGACAUAGCAAUAGCACAAUGUGAAUCAAACUCAACAUAGUCCUUUGAUGUCUGCUAAGGCUUUCAAGAGUAAUAAAGAGAAUUGAAAUGUAUAGACUGCAGCAAAUCCCUGCAAAUUUGGACUCUAGUUACUUACUGGUUCUUUGGCUUGAAUGCUAUCUCACUUUCUCAAGAGU